UAUGGAGGUCCAUCCGUUGGUCAGGUGGACGGGUGGCGCGGGGGUCCGGUUCUGACCAGGCACUGGCUCCGUCGAAGCUCCUGAGUAAGAGACGGCCCAGGACCCCCGCGUGACGUCACUUCUGGAGGCGGCUGCUUCACCUCAGAACUCCGGGAUAGAAACUUUCCGGAGUCGAGCACCGGAGAACCUCCAGACCAGCACCGGGACACAGCGGAACUUUUGACCUCCACGUUGCCAUAGAAACGCCGUCUCUUCUUCGCGGGCGUGUUGGGUUCGAGUCCCGCUCGGUACCUGCGGGAGAAUGUGGAGGAAGACCGACGCCUCCUCGUAACUUCCUCCCGAGCUCGUCGAACUUUUCCUCCCUCGCGGACAUGACUCGCUCGGAACUCGCUCUCCUUCUGUGUCUCGGCUCGUUUCUGGCCCUGAUAAGCGGGUCAGCGGAGCAGCAGGGUCCGGGUCCGGGCGCCUUCAGGAGGCUCUACGUGCUCCAGCCGGGGUCGGCAGCCGGAGCGGACCGGGGGCUGAGAGUCAGCUCCAUCUCGACGCGGCCCGGACAACCGCAGACCUACAACCUGGAGCUGAACGCCAAGUUCGACGGUCAAGUUCGAACCCGCAGGAUGGGGAGCCAGGCGGGUUCCGACCCGCAGCAGACGGAGCAGAGCCUGAAGCUGUCCGGUGUGAACGUCUGUGGAGGUCACUGCUGUCAUGGAUGGAGUAAAGCUCAGGGGUCACAGCGCUGCACCAAACCCAACUGCAUCCCUCAGUGCCAGAAUGGAGGAAUGUGCCUCAGGCCUCAGCUCUGCGUCUGCAAGCCGGGCUCUAGCGGGAAGGCGUGCGAGCUGAAGCCUGCGCCCGCACACCCGGCCCCGGCGCUGCCAGGAGGCGGGGCCACCAGCGGCCACAACGGCGCUCACACUAAUGGUCACAACGUGGUGCCCCAGCGACCGAUCCCGCAGCAGGCGGUGCCGGGUGGUCAUGGCUCUGUCCCGGCUCCUAACAUGGCUCAGAUGAAGCUCACGGUCAAACCUGCCCCGCAACACGUGCGGCCUCGCUACGUCCAGCAGCAGAUCUGGCCCGUCCACCCAGGUCAGAGUCAGCAGUACGUUUCAAAACCCAAAUAUUACCACACGCAGACCCAUCUGCAGCCCAGACCCGAGAGACCCAUCCCUCUGAGUGCGGGACACAACCCCAUAUUAGUGGGGAACCACACGGGCCGGAUCAAGGUGGUCUUCACUCCCACCAUCUGCAAGCUGACCUGUGUCGGAGGACGCUGCCACAACAACUGUGAGCAGGGGAACACCACCACCAUCAUCAGUGAGAACGGCCACGCCACCGACACACUGACGGCUCCCAACUUCAGAGUAGUUGUUUGUCACCUGCCGUGCAUCAAUGGAGGCAAGUGCGGCGCCAGAGACAAGUGUCAGUGCCCCCCCAACUUCACUGGGAAGUUCUGCCAGAUGCAGGUGCACAGCGGACACCAGCAGCAGAUGACGGGCAGCUACGGUCAAACCCAGGUCCACUCCACACAUACGCUACCUCUGACGUACAGCAACAGUCAGGGCCAAGCCUACGGCCCAAACAUUGUCAACAUCCACAUCAAGCAUCCCCCCGAGGCCUCGGUCCAGGUCCACCAGGUGUCUCAGCUGGACAACUUCCACAACAACGGACACAAGCUCAAAGGUUCACAGUCAGGCUCCUCAUCGUCGACCACCUACACUUAUCACCACAGCGAGAGCAGCCAGAAGAUCCAGCACCACGGCUACAACAUCCUGUACCCAGGCCAGCAGGGGUACCAGGUCCCCCAAUAUCAGCCCGUCGCUAGCAAGAAUGCGUUAGGACGCUGCUUUCAGGAGACAGCAGGAAGUCAGUGUGGCAAAGCUCUGCCGGGCCUCACCAAGCAGGACCAGUGCUGUGGCUCCAUGGGGACAUCCUGGGGAUUCCACAAGUGCCAGAAGUGCCCGAAGAAACCCUCUAUUCCUCUGAGAGAUUGUCCUCAUGGCUACAAGAGGAUCAACAGCUCCUACUGUCAAGAUGUGGACGAGUGUCAGCUGCCCGGUGUGUGUCCCAAUGGCAACUGCAUGAACACGGUGGGCAGCUACAGGUGUCACUGCAAACCUGGCUUCAUCCCGGACCCCACUCUCAGCACCUGCAUCUCCAACACGCCUGCCGUCCACGAGGAGAAGGGAGCUUGCUUCCUCUUGGUGAUCUCGGGUCGGCAGUGUUUGCACCCAGUGUCUGUGCAGCUGAGCAGACAGCUGUGCUGCUGCAGUGUGGGCAAAGCUUGGGGGCCGCACUGUGACAAAUGCCCCCCUCCAGGAACAGCUCAGUUCAAAGAGAUCUGCCCGGGUGGGAGGGGCUACACCGUGCUCCCAAAUCCUCCCUUCAACAAGCCGGUCCACCAGGUGCCCACUGAGCCUGUCACUCCUGAACCCCAGCCAGCACCUGAGCGACCGGUUGAGCUUCCUCCGGAGGAGAUACCCGCGCCCCCCACCACAGCGGUGUCGCCUCAGGAGCUGGUUAGCAGCAGCCGUGGAGCCGAAGCUCUGCUGCCACAGCUCACCGCAGGUCUCUCCACGGUCAAGAUGCAGGUGGCGUACCCAGAGGUGAUCGAGAGAAGCUCCCCCCCCGCGCCUGUGGAGAUCCUGCCGUCCAAAGCCAGUCAGGACAUCGCCCCGACCCAGUCUGCUGAGGUGGACGAGUGCCUGGUGAACCCGUACAUCUGCGGCCAGGGCGUGUGCUACAACACCGUCCAGGGCUACACCUGCCACUGCGACGAGGGCUUCCACUCUGACGGAGAGCAGAGCACCUGCGUGGACGUCGACGAAUGCGCACAAAGUCCAUCUCUGUGCUACGGUGGUCGGUGCAGAAACACUGAAGGUGGUUUUGUGUGCGACUGCCCACGAGGCUUCAUCGUCCACGAAAACGGGACCAGCUGUGUGGAUGUGGAUGAGUGUGCGGCCCAGACUCCGUGUCCCUCUGGACUCUGCAUCAACACUCCGGGGGGCUACAAGUGCGAGUCCUGCCCGCCAGGCUUCACCGGCCUUGGAGGCCAGUGUGUCGACGUGGACGAGUGCCAGGACCAGCGCAUGUGCACCAGAGGUCACUGCCGCAACACGGAAGGAUCCUUCAUGUGCGAGUGUGUUCCCGGGUUCAGGCUGUCGACCACCUCGCAGCAUCACUGCGAAGACGUGGACGAGUGCUCGGAGCUGCCCGACACCUGUGACUCUGUGGGCGAGUGCGUGAACACGGUGGGCUCCUACACGUGCAACUGUCCCAGCGGAUACCGGCAGGUCAACGGCACCAGCUGCAGAGAUGUAGACGAGUGUGUGGAGGAGCCGGAACUCUGCUCCCCCCACGGGGAGUGUCGGAACCAGGAGGGGUCCUACAUGUGUGUGUGCGAGAGCGGAUUCAGCACCAACCUAGACUCGCCAUCAUGUGACGAUAUCGAUGAGUGUGGACUCAACGAGACGCUGUGCAGUCCUCACGGCUUCUGCGAGAACCGUCUGGGAACCUUCCGGUGCCUGUGCGACCAGGGCUACCAGGAGUCUGCAGACGGGCGCAGCUGUGAGGACGUGAAUGAGUGCGAGCUGCUCAGCAGUGUGUGUGGAGAAGCUCAGUGCGUCAACGUGGACGGCUCCUUCCUCUGCGUGUGUCCCAGCGGCCAGGAGUACAACGUCAUGGUGGCCAAGUGUGAGCCGCUCCCCACAGCUUCAUCCGUGGAGCGUAAAGAGUGCUACUUCCGUCUCAACGACGAGAACCUGUGCGAGAGCGUGCUGACCAGCCACGUGACUCUGGAGGAGUGCUGCUGCACCCUGGGCGCCGGCUGGGGGGACAACUGCGAGGUCCAUCCCUGUCCCGUCAACGGCACCGACCAGUUCAACCAGAUGUGUCCGUCUGGAAGAGGCUUCAUCCCGAGCCAGGACCUGCUGUAUGGCGUGCAGGCGGCUGACAGCUACAAAAAUGCAGAUGAGUGCACUCUGUUUGGAGAGGAGGUGUGUAAAGGCGGCUUCUGUCAGGACACGGUGGGCAGCUACGAGUGCUACUGCAAGAGCGGCCAGGACUACGACACGGCCAGGCUGGAGUGCAGAGACAUCGACGAGUGCCAGGAUGAGUCGCUGUGUGCGGGCGGCCAGUGCUUCAACACGGACGGCUCCUUCUUGUGCUUCUGCACGCACCCCAUGGAGCUGGACGCCAGUGGCACUCGCUGCAUCUUCGUUCCCGCCGCCGCCGCAGAGCAACAUGAGGUGGAGCAGCUCGACUACCAGGGAAUCUGCUGGCAGACGGUGACGGCAACCAUGACGUGCACUGAACCCCUCGGUCCCAACAGGAAGACCACCUACACUGAGUGUUGCUGCCUGCAUGGCGAGGCCUGGGGCAUGGAAUGUGCCCUGUGUCCACCCAAACACACUGCGGACUACGCCCUGAUGUGCAACCUCCCCCUGGGUGGUGGGCGGCGGGCGUACGGCCGUGAUGCUCUGGUGGCAGGGCCGGUCCUGGAGUAUGAAGUGAGCCCGGACUACUCUCCGUCGCCGGAGCGACUGCCGCCCUUCUACGACAGCGAGGAGCACUCCUACAAGGCGUUCGAGGGCCUGCGAGCGGAGGAGUGCGGCAUCCUGAACGGCUGCGAGAACGGGCGCUGCGUGCGCGUGCAGGAGGGCUACACCUGCGACUGCUUCGACGGCUACACGCUGGACCUGUCCCGCAUGGCCUGCGUCGACGUCAACGAGUGCUCGGAGCUCAACACCCGCAUGUCACUGUGCAAGAACGCCAAGUGCGUCAACACGGCGGGCUCCUACCAGUGCGUGUGUCUGCCGGGCUUCACCGCCUCCGACAAACCCAACUACUGCGUGGCGGCGCGGCGGACGUCGCAGUGAGGCCGCCAGCAGGACUGUAACCGCACGCACGAGCUUGUAUCACUAUACUUGUGAGGACGCCUGCCACUCUCAGCCCAUCUCCGAGGAAGACGCCACACGUGGUCAGCGCUGGAGAGUAAAACUGAUCUGGAGGAUUCCCAGGGUUUGCUUCGGCCCAUCGCUGCACCUUCACUCCUCCAGGUUCCACUGGUCAUGUUGGUGAACCUCCACGAACACAACAGGCAGGAAGGUUCCAGGACAACCGGGCCACAAAAGCGCUUCUGUUGCUGGUCAGAAUGUGUCUUCUGCUCUGGUGCUGUGUCAGACGUCCAGACCCGAGGGUGGGUCUCACGACUGCUCCUCUCUUCCUUCUCAGCUGAGUCUUGACCGGGGCGAGUCAGAGCUUUGUUGGGUUCCGGUUGUCUUGCAACCUUCUUGUGUGGAUGACCCGAUUCAACUGCAGAACAGCUGCUUCGUCCUCCUUCGUUCCUUCACUGCAUCCAGGAAACUCCCGGAUGUUUUCAUCUGCUUGAGUCCAGCAGGCUUCAGCAGACAUGGCGGGUGUCUGUGGCCCAGUGUGUGUGAUGCACCAAAGCUCACGAGACGUUCCAAAGAAGUGAAAACAACCUCUCGACGAGGAGGAGAAGCCUCAGCGUGCAAUGUCACACGUUGGUUCCAGACCAAAGAGGAGCGACUCCCACACCAACAUCUUGUCUAUGAAACCAAAGAGCACAAAAGAAAUCUCCCUACAAACAAACAGGACUCUUCCACGGCGUGUUGGCGACUCCCCGUGUUCGUAAACAUCCACCUCACCAGUGACCCAAGAUGUUCCAAAGUCGAGUCCUCCAGGAGCAGCAGAGCAACCAGCGGAGGCGAGGUGUGGCCCUUGUUUGGUCAGUGGAUUGUGAAGUCAGGUCUGUUGUGAGGCUGCGGUCCUCAGAAGUAUAGUCAUACCACACACACACACACACACACCUUCUUAAUCCAAGCCCACGUAUCCUGCACUGUGGACAUGCCUCACAUUUCUACUUGAGAUGAAGUCUUCCUAACCUACCUGAGAGGAAUCCGGAUGUAUAAAUGCCUGUUUCUAAUGUUUGAUGUUUAUAGCAUUUACCGUGUCGACAAACCCUGCAGACACGUGCAUUUGGGGGGAUCCACUUGUAUUCAGUCGAGGCGACUGCGCUAUUUAAUUGUGUGAAGGUGACCGUGUCUCCACCCAGAGCCAAUGAACCUGGCCUCGCUUCCUCUCUGCCUUCCGUCUCGCUCUACUUACCUCUGUUUUCCUGCAAAGUCUUGCCAGGUUGCCAAGCUGCUACAGACGUUUGUACAUUUAGUGGAGAGGGAGCAGCGUGUGUGUGUGAUUUGUACAUGACUUUAAAAAGAGCUUCUUUUUUUCUAUGACUUCUCUGACAGCCAACUUUCGCCUGCUUGGUAAUAAACCACACAUGGUGAUC